CACGCGGUAGGGGGCGGUGUUGCCGCGCGCGAGGAGGCGGCUGGCUCGGGAGCUCGCGCUGUCAGGAACAACUGGCACGGGCUGCUGGACGAUGGAGUCAGUUAUUUACCUGGCUAUGCUAGUGGCCCUGCUCCUGAUCUGGGUCCGCACCAAAGGCGUGGAAUACAUCAUCAUCCAUCACCGCUGGGUCUUCGUCUGCCUUUUCUUGCUGCCCCUCUCCGUGGUUUUCGAUGUUUACUAUUACCUCCGUGCUUGGCUGGUCUUCAAACUGUGCAGUGCACCAAAACAACACGACCAGCGGGUCAGGGACAUCCAGAGGCAGGUACGCGAAUGGAAAAAUGAAGGAAGUAAAACAUACAUGUGUACUGGCCGGCCAGGUUGGCUGACUGUAUCGCUUCGGGUUGGCAAAUAUAAGAAGACACACAAAAAUAUCAUGAUAAACUUGAUGGACAUUUUGGAGGUGGACACUGAGCAACAGGUUGUCCGUGUGGAACCAUUGGUUAACAUGGGUCAGGUGACAGCACUUCUGAAUUCAAUUGGCUGGACUCUUCCAGUGGUUCCAGAGUUGGAUGAUCUCACCGUGGGUGGCCUCAUCAUGGGAACUGGUAUUGAGUCUUCGUCCCAUAUUUAUGGUUUAUUCCAAAACAUCUGUGUAGCUUAUGAAUUGGUCCUAGCUGAUGGGAGCUUCAUUAGAUGUACAGAGAAAGAUAAUCCAGACUUAUUUUAUGCUGUGCCUUGGUCAUGUGGUACUCUCGGAUUUCUUGUUGCAGCAGAGAUCAAGAUCAUUCCUGCUAAGAAGUAUGUACGCCUGCAGUAUCAGCCAGUGCAGGGCCUGAAGAAAAUCUGUGAAACAUUCAGUAGAGAAUCCCAGAACAAAGAAAAUCAUUUUGUGGAGGGCCUUUUGUAUUCACUGGAUGAAGCUGUGGUCAUGACUGGAGUGUUGACUGAUCUGGCUGAACCAGAUAAGAUAAAUAGAAUUGGCUAUUAUUAUAAGCCAUGGUUCUUUAAGCAUGUGGAGAAAUACCUCAGAGACACCCAGAAUGCAGUGGAAUAUAUCCCUCUCAGGCAUUACUAUCACCGUCACACUCGCAGCAUUUUCUGGGAACUUCAGGAUAUCAUUCCAUUUGGCAAUAAUCCACUCUUCCGCUAUAUUUUCGGCUGGAUGGUCCCUCCAAAGAUUUCAUUGCUAAAACUAACGCAAGGAGAAACAAUCCGUAAGCUAUACGAGCAGCACCAUGUGGUCCAAGACAUGUUAGUACCAAUGAAGAGUCUGGAGAAGUUGAUUCUCUUUCUCCACAGUGAGAUCAAGGUUUACCCACUUUGGCUGUGUCCCUUCAACUUACCCAGCUUACCAGGUAUGGUUCACCCAAAGGGUGAUGAGCCUGAACUGUAUGCAGAUGUUGGAGCUUAUGGAGAACCUAGAGCCAAGCAGUUUGAAGCCAUGGCAUCAACACGACAGCUGGAGAAAUUUUUGCGCAAUUCACACAGUUUUCAGAUGUUGUACGCUGAUUGCUAUUUGACCCGAGAAGAAUUCUGGGAGAUGUUUGAUGGCUCUUUGUACCACAAGCUGAGGGAGCAGCUGAAUUCCAAAGAUGCAUUCCCUGAGGUUUAUGACAAGAUCUGCAAGGCUGCGAGACACUGAGAAAUUUGGUGGAGGAACUUUAUGUAACAUUCAUUAGCUGAUUUCUAUUUCGGCUUGUAGAGUUCAGUUCAUGUCUCACAUACUUAAAAGUGGAUUCAGGACAUUUUUCUAACCGAAAGAAUGUUUUUUAUUUAAUCACGAAUCCUUUUCUGCGGCUGUAUCUUUUGCUUAACUUAAAGUGACUGAGAUUCCGUUCUGUAGUGAUCCAGUGGUAUACCAUCAAAAUAGUCUGGGGAAUAGAUUUUGGCAAAUUGUUUGUGAAAACCAGGUUUCGUACAUACUUCAAUUCUUUCUUUUGUUUUGUGUAGCUUCAAGAGCAACACUUUUAAAAAUCAAGUUCCCUAAUUAGCUCAAUGCACUGCUGGUGAGCAAGUGUAUCUCCAGGAUGUCCCCCUCAGUUUUUUUUUAAUUUAAAAAAUAGAUGAUUUUUUUUUUGAAAAAAGUAUAAGUGCAUACAAAGGUUCUAAAUCAUACCUAUACAGUCGUUGCAGUGAAAAAUACAAAAACGACUGGAACUUUGUCAUUUCUCGGAGCUCCUCUACAUUUGCAAAUAAAAGGCAUUUUUGACUCGUGCAGGAAACUAUUUAUGUUCACUUUAAGGCAACAAGGGGAUCUGACUCAAAUCAUUUGAACAGACCCUCUUUCUACUUGG